UAGUUUGACAGUUUACAUUUGUAUUUUACAGUAACCUAUGGAAUCUCGGACUUUUAUUAAUAUCAAAAUUUUCAGAAAAAUGUAGUCUUAUCACUUUGUAUGCAAAAACUUGUAAAACCAAAUUUUAAGAGGUAGCGUUUUUCGUGGAUCAUUUUAUACGUAAGAUAACAAUAUAUAACAAUGACAUCCCUGGCGUCUGUCUGCGCUGCUGGCUUAAUUCACCUGAUGCAUAGUUGGGUCUUGCCGCCGGAUCGGUCCAAGGAUCCCGGACCGCAGUUACCGUCUGUCUUUGUGGCCAUUGCUUUGUUGGAUCUGAUCUAUGAUAAUAGAGUUAUUCCCCAAAGCUUUGAGGUAAUGUCGGUUGUGUUCCAGCGCAUCUGCGAAGUGGCAGUGGCGCUUAUCCUGCUGGAGCUGGGCAUUCACAUCAUCUGGAAGCCGCUGGAGCGUUUUAUCCACCUGCUAACAAAAAUACUCCUUCUCGGCACCGGUCUUGUCUCAGAAGGUGUCUUUUGGAGACAAGAGAAUUUCUGGGUGGGCUGCGUCACGGUGCCGCUGUCCUUGCUAAUCGUGGCCUUCGCUGGGCAGGCCUCCGAUCACUUUCAUAUUCUGCGCAAUCCAAGUUUUUAUGUGCAAACCACGGUCCUGCUCAAUGUGGAUGCGGCUCUUCGCUACCUUAAACGUAAUCAUAGAGCCACCGGGAUCCCCUUGCCCCAUUAUGCGGAAACCCUUCAAAUGUAUCAAGAUGCCGCGAACAGGCGACGAAGGGGUCAGGACUUCCUGCGACACUUCCCCUAUGACGAUGAUUACUCUUCCGAUUAAAUAAAGGAAUAAAAAUGACUUAGAUUGA